UAUGUCUGUAUGUCAUAAUGAUGAAUGCAAGAAUAAUUAAUAUUACCAAAAAACUCUUGUUGGUGCCAAGACGAACACUUCUAAUAAACAAAUGUUCCAGCUAUAAAAUGUUUUCCAUUCACUGUCUGAAACCUUGUUCUCGAAAAUCAAUAGUAGAUCAGACAUUUCGUUUGAUUUAUACAAAUCCGAAUGAAAAUCCAAAGUUUAGUUCAGCUUCGAGACUUUCGCCACUGCUAUUUUUAGCAAUUGGAUUUAUAGCAAAUGAUGAAGGCAAUGAUUCUCUACUGAAAAGAAAAUUAAAGGCAUCAAUACUGCACUACUCCGUGUCUGGGGAUAUAUUUGGAUUGCGACACACCUUGGGUGAAUUGAAAAAAUGUAGUGCAGAAGUUGCAGAUGAAAUAAUAAAUAGCACUCACAAAUAUGGUUGGACUCCAUUGAUGGCAGCAGCAGUCAAUGGUCAUAUUGAGAUUUUAUUGGCUUUGUUAGAUGCUGGUGCAAACCCCAAUCAUACAGAUUUGUUUACAACCUCUCGUCAUAUUUCUCAUAAAUUUCAUAUUGAUGAAUUGGGAGUUCGUCGUGAAAGAGAAAACAAUUUUAGCGAUAAAUUGAAUCAUUAUUCAAAUUUUUUGGGUUUUACUGCCCUACAUUAUGCUGCUGUUGCAGACUCUAAUUCUUGUGUUACUGCUUUACUGAAUCGUGGAGCCGAUGCUUUGAUAAAGAAUCAUUUAGGUCAUAAAGCAAGUUCAUAUGUGAGUGAGGAAAACGAAGAAUUAUAUGAUCUAUUGAUUUCUCAUGAAAAAGCUCAAUCUGUUAAAAAAGAAGCAGAAGAAGCCCAAGAAAGGCUCAAGUUUCCACUUGAAAAGCGAUUGAAAGAGCACAUUGUAGGACAAGUGGGACCUAUUUCUACUGUCUCCUCAUGCAUACGUAGAAAACAGAAUGGAUGGUAUGACGAGGAUCAUCCUCUCGUUUUUCUAUUUCUCGGCUCCUCAGGUGUAGGGAAAACAGAACUUGCUAAACAGGUAGCAAAUUAUUUACAUAAAGGGGAUAAAAAGUCCUUCAUACGACUUGAUAUGUCUGAAUAUCAAGAAAAACACGAAGUUGCCAAAUUAAUUGGAGCUCCUCCAGGAUACAUUGGCCAUGAUGAAGGUGGCCAACUGACAAAGAAAUUGAAAGCCAAACCUGACGCUGUAGUGUUAUUUGAUGAGGUUGACAAGGCGCAUCCCGAUGUACUUACAGUUUUGCUCCAGCUUUUUGAUGAAGGCCGUUUAACUGAUGGAAGGGGGAGAACAAUAGACUGCAAAAAUGCCAUUUUUGUUAUGACUUCAAAUUUGGCAUCUGAUGAGAUUGCGCAAUACGGUGCAAAACUUCGAAGAGAAGCAGAUAAUGUGAGAAAGAGUAAACUUGAUGAAACUGAAAAUCAAAAUUCCAUUCCUAGCCAGUAUAGCAGCGUAUCUCGCUCAUUCAAAGAAAAUGUGGUUCAACCUAUUUUAAAACGACAUUUUGGUAGAGAUGAAUUUUUGGGACGAAUUAACGAGUUUGUUUAUUUCCUCCCCUUUUCAGACAAUGAAUUAAUUGAACUUGUGGAAAGAGAACUGGAAAUGUGGAGAGCUAUUGCUGCUAAAAAGCAUAAAGUUAAAAUAACUUGGCAAACACCUUCAAUUCCCACCAUUUUAGCUGAUGGGUAUAAUAUAUAUUAUGGUGCUCGGUCGAUUAAGUAUGAAGUUGAUCGAAGGGUCGUCAGUUUACUUGCUAGUGCUCAUGAGCGCGGAAUAUUGAAAGAAGGUUGUAAUGUUUUGGUUUCUACUCCAACAAAAAAUGCUGAAUUAGCCCAAUCUAAUAAUUUAUCUAGCGCACCUAUUCAACUGGAAAUCAGAACAGUUGGGGAUAAAUCAGUAAUUGUGAGUGAAAAAGAUGUAUGGGGAUGGCAUCAUAGCAAUACUAGUAUGGUGUAAUGCUAUUGACAAUUCCGGACUGGGGAGCUGUUUGGAAAUCACUUUGACCACCGCUCAGGCUCCAAUGCCGCAAUAUUUAAGGUCUCAGAUUUUUAAAUCGAACUUUAAACCUAAAUAAAUAAAUGGAAUCAAAUUUUAAAAAACAUAAGCUGAAAAUAUUGAUAGAUUUUAUCAUUUUUAUAAGAUAUUAGAAAUUUAUAAAUUCAUAUGAAAAAUAAAUAGAUGUGUUGGGAGCUGGAGCCACUAAAAUUUCUGGUAAAGCUCUAGCGCCAUCUAUCAUGAGAAGCUUGCCUUUAAUCUGCACCAACAAAACAUUACAGAUAUGGCUUCCCAGUCCUGACAGACAUGAAUUAUCUGCAUUUUUUAUUAUAUUUAUUUCAUAUUGAUUGAGAGUUUCGUUUUGUGGAUAUUGUUUUUAUUAUUUGUGAGAUGCCUUAGGUUUACAGUGCAUUGACUAAAAUAUAUAACUGUAGGCUAUCUAUGAUAAUUGCAUGUUACAAAUGUUUAUCAUUGAUAGGAAUUUUUGCAUCCAAAUAAUUUGGUAUUCUUAGUUUCUUUUUUUUUGUCAAUUUUGACUAAAUUGGUUUAUUUAUUUCAAAAUGAAAUAGAAAUGAAAUAUGGCAAAUUUUACCGCAUACAAUUUGAUCAUGAUGUGACUCUUGAAAUAGCUAAAUUUUACAUUAGGAAAUUCUUAAUUUUGUUUUCUGAAUUCCCAAACCGGGAGUACUUGGAUAUUGUGUUAAACUGCAGGAAAUUUUUAGUGUCCACCUGCCUUGGAUUUGGCUUGAAUGGAACAGUAUGAAAGGGAUGAAAAAGAAUAACAAUCUAUUUCUACGAAAUAAUACUUUUUUGGAUUCUAAAUCAUAAUAAAUUUUGUUCAACUUCUUCGGUAUUCCUAUGUUGUUCCUUUGCCCUGGGUGCAUUGAAAAGGUAAUUUCUUCCUAAUUUUGUCAAUGAUGCUUAUUGUGGAAGUGUUGAAUUCAAUGAUUUGGCACGGCAUAUUGAAAGUUUGAUACUGUAAAUGUAUGUUUAUUUAACCUAUCACUAUAAUAAGAAUCCCAUAAAGAAACAGACAUAACUCAAGUAAUUCAUUGUGUGGUUAUACAGUAUUUUGCUGUUCCCCUUUACAUGUUGAUCAUUUUUCCAUGGUUCAAUGUACUUGUUUAACCAUUGGUUCAAGUGGAUAUAAUUUUCAUUCAAGCUGAUAUUUGUGAAGGCUAUGUGUCUCGUAAUCGUCUGAAGAAAUUAUUCCAAAUUGUGUUAGAUACGAAUUAUUUUUCUUGAAAAAAUGAGUAAUUUCCUAACAUUUAUAAUGAUCUUUAAAAUAAAUGAUCAUCGUCAUAUUGAACAUUUUUUUAUAAAAAUUAUCGCUUAAUUCAAAUUCAGAUUUUUGUCUCAUUUCAUUGGUGUAAUUACCUGAGCCACGUUACAUCUAUGGACAUUUUAUUUAUCUUGAUUAUGCUUAAAUUUCAAG